AUGGCAACGAGUCUUCCGCUGUCCAUCGGAGGCAGGAGAUCCGCAGGGAUCGAGGAGAUGCUGGAGAGGUUCAGGUCGAACAACAGGACGCUGAUGCACAAGCUCUACUCGCUCGGGGUCAACGAGAUUGAAGAGGAUCGUGCGAACGAGUUGCCCAUAGCGUCAUCGAGAGGGAUUGUGCAAGGAGAUCUGAAUCAGUGCUGGGUCAUCAAAGGGUACCAUGCCAUGACCCCUGCUGACCCUCAGUCGACCAUCCACAACGAAGGGCUUGACGUGAUGUUCUACGCCAACGGGUGGGAGGGAGACAUGAGAGACGAACAGGCGAGCUUGCAGUCCUGUCAGUUUAUUGUGCGAGGGGAGACAAGCUUUCUGAGCAUCGAGCGAUGUACAAAUUGUAUCAUAGCCUUGGACUCGGUGAAGGAGGCUGUGCUGGUUGUGGACUGCAGCAACAUCAUCGUGAUGCUGGGCAGCGAUGUGCCUCCCGUGACGGUCAAGGAGAGCGUGGGGGUCGAGAUCGUCAUGGGGCAGCAGAAGAGGAGGGAGGAGGUUCCCAUCGAGACCAAGAACUCGUGUGGCUGCUUUCUCUCCGUUGUUGAGGCCAAAGCUGAGCCCGUUCUCGCCAACGAGCUCCUCCUCUCGCGCAAGAGAAACGCUGGUGACUCACCUCUCACGUCCCAUGGUUGGCCUGCUGACUCUCUGCAGAUAUGA